AUGUGGCCUUUACAUAUCUUCUUAAACAAACUACUGAAUGGAGGAUAUAAUGUUCAUGAAGACGAUGUAAAUUCGGUUGCAUCACACAACUUCAAAUCAGCAUUCAGAAACGAGAAAAAAGGCAAGAAAGACUUAUCGAUCCAGUCACACUUCAUUGAUGUCCCACAUAUAAAACAAAAACACACAUGGGAUUGUGGCAUUGCUUGUGUUUUAAUGGUUUUGAGAACCCUUCACAUCAAUCAUUAUGAUAUCGAAGAUCUUCAGGCAUUUUGCAAUACCAAUAGUAUUUGGACAGUGGAUUUGGCAUAUUUACUGCACAAAUUUUCUAUCAACUUCUCUUACAUCACUGUAACUUUAGGUGCUAAUCCGAGUUUUUCAUUGGAGUCAUUUUACAAGAAGCAAUUAGGUGAUGAUAUAGUAAGAGUAAAUAUGUUGUUCAACAGAUCACGAGAAGCAGGGAUAAAUAUAGAGUGUAGGUCAAUCAAGGGAGAUGAAAUUGCACUAUUGAUUAUGUCCGGAAAAUAUAUUGUUAUAGCUUUGGUUGAUCAGUUCAUUUUGAGUCAGUCGUGGAUAGAAGAUUUUUAUAUAUCAGAUUUUUAUAUCGGUACCUCUGGUGGUUAUACUGGUCAUUAUAUUGUGAUAUGUGGUUAUGAUGCUGUUACAGAUGAAUUUGAGAUUCGGGAUCCAGCUAUUUCUAGGAGUAGAGGGACAAUAUCGUCAAGAUGCUUGGAAAAAGCUCGCAAAUCUUUUGGAACAGAUGAAGAUAUACUCUUGAUUCAUCUAGAGAAUGUAGAUACUUAAAACAACAAUAUGGUGAGGGCUUAUAUGUAAAUUUUCAAAGUUUGAUGCCUAAAAUGAACUCUUACUAAAGUACGUUGCAUUUUCAAUGUAUUUGUUUGAGUUAAUUUGGCACAAACAUUACAUAUCAAUAGGUGCACUUUAAAGUGGUUAUAUAGAUAUGAGAUAAUAGUAUUAGCCAAAAGGACCAUUUGUGUAAAAUAUUUUGGGUAUCAUGAGGACCAUUGUCUGAUAAAACAUGAAAGUUGGAUUAGGGAC